AUGUCAUUACUUUUAUUCUCUUAUCUUAUUCAAGAACAAAAAUUAAAAGCAGCAUUCAAAUCAUUGAUGAAAAUAUACAUCUCAUCAUCAUCAUAUGUAUCAGACAAUACCAACUGGUUAAUGCACGUUGAUGAAUUUGGUAGUCUACGUAAUGGUGAUGAUUUAGAAGAUAUUGGAAAUUUUGGAGGUAUAUGA